AUGGGGCCCCCGGGCAAUAGGGGAUCAUGGGGCCCCUGUGUCCUUGCCCAAACUCAAAAAAGCCUAUGAAAAAGGUACCAGGGGCAUCUCAUGGGGCCCCCUACUGACCAAAUCAAAAGUUGCUGCACAUUUGUGUUCGGCCGGCGUGAAGAGGUUAAUAUUGGUGCUGGUGGCCAGGGGCGGACUCACAACUCAUGGGGCCCCUGGGCAAUAGGAGAUCAUGGGGCCCCUGUGUCCUUGCCCAAACUCAAAAACGCCUAUGAAAAAGGUACCAGGGGCAUCUCAUGGGGCCCCCUACUGACCCCGGGCCCUCGGGCAGUGCCCGAGUUUCCAAAUGGUCAGUCCGCCCCUGCUGGUGGCAUCUUAUGGCACUUAUUUUUGCAAAUUAAA